AUGAUCCCAAACCCGCCCACCGUUCCCAUCCCCUCGUCCUACGAGUCCCUCCCUCUCACCCAUGUCAAAGUCUCCCAUCACCCUGCCGGCAGCCCCGAGGCUACGCCCGUAGUCGUCGUGACGCUGAAUCGACCCGAUAAACACAAUGCUUUCACCAUCGAAAUGAUGGAUGACUUCGAGAAGAUCUAUCCCAUGUUUGACAUCGAUGAGCGCGUAAAAGUGGUGGUGCUCACCGGUGCAGGCAAGAUCUUCUGCGCGGGUGCGGACCUCGAACGCGGGUUCAAGGGAGAGAAGGAGAGGACGAUGGAUCAUCGUGAUGCAGGAGGCCGUCUUGCCCUCGCCAUCCAUCGGUGCCGAAAGCCCACCAUCGCAGCCAUGCAAGGAUCUGCGGUGGGAUUAGGCAUGACUAUGACUCUUCCAGCGGCGAUCCGGAUUGCCUGCGACAAGGCGAAAUACGGGUUUGUGUUCCCGAGGCGUGGUCUCACGAUGGAGUCGAGCUCCUCGUUCUUCCUGCCCCGGUUGAUCGGGUACUCGCACGCGAUGUACCUGUUGACCACGGGCGGAGUCUUUCCUCCCGCGUCUCCGCAUUUCGGGUCGUUGUUUGCAGAGACAUACCCUGAUUCUGCACAAGUGGUGUCGCGGGCAUUGGAGCUAGCAACUGAGAUAGCUGAGAAUGUCAGUCCGAUGGCAUCAUAUCUCAGUCGGCAGCUUAUGUGGAGGGGUCCUGCGACCGCCGAGGAGUCGCAUUUGGUUGAUUCGGCGGUGCUAUAUCAUAUGUUUAGUGGACGGGACCAACAAGAGGGCGUUCAGGCGUUCUUCGAGAAGCGCAGGCCCCAUUUCAAGGCCACGCUCGAGGACGAUGCGCCGCCGAAUUUCCCGUGGUGGACGGAGGUGGAUACAGGACGACGGGCGAAGGGACAGUCGAAACUGUGA